AUGGCGCUGGCGCGCGCCAUCACAUUUUCGCUGGGCAUUCUGCUGGAGGCCAAGAAGGUGGAGUUCUGGCAGAACUGCGCGGCCCGGGGCUUGUGCGACGUCGCCUUCGAGCGCCGGAACCCCUCCGUACACCAGGCGCCCGAAGGGGCGCCCAAGGGCCACCUGAAGCCUUUGGGCCAUCCGGACUUCUUGGAGUCCUGGGCCGGCGAGGUGGACGUAUUCCAUGAGCCCCCGCCUCCUGAAGUGUUCUGGACAAAGUACCACGCCAAGAGGAGGCCAUUCAUCUUGAAGGGCGGGGCACUGCAGUCUCCAGCCAUCAACUGGACCGAUCAGUACAUCAUGGACAACUUCGGCGAUGAAGUUGCCAAGGUGGAGUGGCGAAACGAGGAUCGUCUCACAGACUACUGCGGCCAGAAGAUCAAGGGCAAGUUCAUACAUUGCCCCAGCGACACCAUCCCCUACGUGGAGUCCCGCACGAGCAUCCGGAACUUCAUCCGGCAGAGCCGCCAGGACCCCGAGUGGGCCAAGUACAUCAUCUCGCAGAUGCCGGACAACAUGGGCAAGGAGUGGAAGGCGCCUGGCUUCUUCAACUGCGGACGCCGCUAUGAAGGCGACAGGAAGAAGAACAAGCCAUGGAUGACUCAGAUGUACGAAAACGACUUCUGGUACCUGCGGGUGCCGCCCGGGAAGAUGGGCACCUCCACCAUCCACUACGACAUGAACCACCAGGUCAUGUGUAUGAUGGCUGGCAAGAAGGAGUGGAUCAUGUGGGACCUGCAGACAGAAUCAAAGAAGGUCCCAAUGUGGAACGAGUACUACAACCCGCCGUCCAAGGGCAGGCCCCAAGGGUCCGACGACUCGCCCAUCGAUGGCGAGCGCGUGGAUUUGCUGCGGUGGCCUGAAUUUGCGAAGGCCAAGUGGAGCAACACCACCAUCGAGAAGGGCGACUGCCUCUAUACUCCGGCUCAUCUGCUUCAUUAUGUCCGCUCCUGGAGUGACGAUCCUCAGGAUCCUCGCAUCAUUGCAUUGAUGACGAUGUUCCAGACGGAGGAGACAUAUGAUCCGACGCACUGCGCAGACAUUCCGGACUACACCUUUCUCAGUGAGUACGACGUCAUGUGGGGUGAGUUCCCGGGGAGCAUGGAGGUGCCGCGGUGCAUGAACCACGUCAAGAUGGGGUAUCCGAACUGGAAGCGUUCGCUAAAGCUCCUGGCGAAGAAGGAAGUCGGCGAGAAGGCCUUCCUCAAGUUCUUCACCCGGGAGGGGUAUCCCAAGAAGCUGGCCAAGGCCGCUUGGCAGCGCUUCCUGGCGGAGGAGUUGGAGGGCACCUGGCCCGAGAAGGUCUUCAACAGCACGGCGCUGGCCAACUUGGCCAAGGACGUGGCCUGCGCGGGCGAAGGCUUGGAGGGCCCCGAGCGGAAGCUGCGAGACGGUGAAUCCUGGGACGCUCGCAACGAGUACUCCUUGGCGGGCGCUCACAAGGGUGAGCAGCUGAUUCAACUGGACCCAAGUGACAGCAUCGCGACGCUGCGCCACAAGGUGAGCGAGAAUCUGGGCCUGGGCACAUGGCAGGUGCGGCUGGUGAAAGGCGCCGAGGUGGUGACCAAGGGCUGCUUGAAAGACUUCCUCGAGGAGGGCGGGACCGUCGUGGAUCUCAUGGCGAUCACUAUGCUGCGCAACCAUAAAGUGGAGGAGAGGAGCAAAGAACUUCACCACGCCUUGCGCUUUGGCGCCCAAUAUUAUCUACUGCCAAGGCAUCGUAGACCCUGCUACGACGUGCUGCAGCUCUACCAGGAGUCCAUCCUGGCGGGGGACAUCAACUGGAACUACGGGGGCAGGAACAUGCUGGAGCUGGCCGUGGACAUGCUCGGGGAGGAACAGGCCACAAAGGCUGUGGAGUGGAUGGUGCAGGGCGGCGUUGGGGUGAACGAGCCCUCCGGCAACGGCUACACGCCGCUGCUCACCGCCUGCAGCCGGGGCCUGCCGCAGGUGGCCAGCAGCCUGCGCCGGCACGGCGCCAAGGAUGAAGUGGUGCUUCAGGGCCAAGACGCCCUCAUCGCGGCCUUGAAGUUCUUUGAGGCAUGCGUGAAGUACAAGAGCCGGCCGCGGGCGGAGGAUCUGCGCCUGGCACAGCUCUGCCUGCAGAUGCGCGCGGAGAAGAUCGCGGAGGUGGCAG